AAGUUUUACAGCUAACCAAAAACUGUUGUCAGAAUUUAUUUUUCUGGUUUGAAAUGAUAAAUUUAGGUUAAAUCCGUGUUUUGGUCAGACUGUCUGGUUUUUAUUCCUCUCAAGUGUCGCCGUUUGACAGGAGCUUUCAGUUGAGCGUCGGGGCGUUUAUGUAAAUCCGCCCCCCGAAUAUGGACACAGAGGAAUGAAAUAUGGUGGAGGAGGCGAACAUGGAGGACCGAGGAGCGCGAGAGCGUCGCUGUCGUGUUUCUAGAGGGAGGUUGUAGGGCUCAAGGCGGAUGGUACCUCCAACGGGACUUUUUCAGCCCGAACGUUUUGUUUUUCUGUUGCUUUUCUCCAGUCUGUCCCGGUAGGGUUAGCUGUAAUGGAGUGAAGAGAGACCGUUUCUUCUUCAGAGGGACAACAAGCAGCAGCGGCAGGAGGAGCAGGGCAGGGGGCUUCAGCCCUCUCACCGCGGUGACGCCAUGCCGUGGGUCAGCGGCGGUAAGCGGAGGGAGAGCUCGGAGCUGCCGCUGCCCGCGGGCUGGGAGGAAGCCCGGGACUACGAUGGAAGAGUGUUCUUCAUCGACCACAACACCCGGCAAACUUCGUGGAUUGACCCCAGAGAUAGGAUCACCAAACCGCUGACGUUUGCAGACUGUGUUGGAGAUGAACUACCUCUUGGGUGGGAGGAGGUUUACGACCAACAAGUUGGGGUUUACUACAUUGACCACAUUAACAAGACUACUCAGAUCGAGAACCCACGGACUCAGUGGCGGCAGGAGCAGGAGCGCAUGUUGAAGGAGUACCUGGUGGUGGCCCAGGAGGCCCUCAGCGCCAAGAAGGAGAUGUACCUGGUCAAGCAGCAGCGACUGGAGCUGGCUCAGCAGGAGAUGUUGCGCUUCCAUGAGCUCUCUGAGGACAACCACUCCAUCACCAGCACUAUCUCCACCUCGUCUUCCAAUUCCAAAUAUGACCCUGAUCAAAUCAAAGUGGAAAUCGCCUGUAGACGCGAGCGGCUCAGCAGACUGAAGCAGGAGCUGGCCCAGGUGAAGCAGGAGCUGCAGUACAAGGAAAUGGGAGUGGAGACCCUGCAGGAGAUUGACAGGAAAAUGUCCUUCAGCCAGACUAACUACAAACUCGACGAGGCUCAAGCCAUCUUCAGCGAGCUGCGGAGCAUCAAGAAGGCCAUCAGCACAGGCGAGAAGGAGAGGCAGGACCUCAUCCAGAGCCUUGCGAAGCUGGCGGUUAGCUUCCAAAGCAACCUGGCAGUGAGCGAGUCGGUCGGCGAGGCGGUGGUCAGCGCCAGAACCGCUGGUGACUCGUGCAAUCUGCAGCAGUACUGCGACAUGGGCUGUCAGACUGACAUCAUGGGAGAGUAUGGCUCCCAGGACUCCUCACAUUUGGUGGACAAGGUGAAACUCAACUGGCAAUACGAAGAAGCAAAGAAAAAGGUGCAGAGCAUACAGCACCAGCUGGCUCAGCUGGACAGCGAGAGCUGGUCGGGGCGGGCCGAGGCGGAUCGCGACCGUGACUUCAUGCAGCUCCUUCGUGAGAAGGAGGCCUUCCUGCAGGAACUCAUCCUGGUGAGCAAGCAGCACCCACCGGAGACACUGCUGCAGCUGGAGGAGGAGCGCCGCAGGCUGGAGGAGGAGGUGCAGCGAGCCCACAGCUCCCAGAGCCAAGGAGCAAAUCAGAGGAUCCUGCAGCAGGAGAAGAGGAACGCUCUGCUCAGACAGCUCCAGGAGGCGACCCGCAUCACCACAUACCUUCAUUCCCAGCUGAAGAGCCUGUCGGCCAGUUCUCUGACCGUGUCCUCCAGCAGCAGCCGCGGCUCUUUAGCUUCCAGCCGGGGCUCCCUGGCAUCCAGCCGAGGCUCCCUCAGCUCCAUCAGCUUCAGUGACAUCUAUGGUGUCCCCCAGUAUGAGCGAAGCGAGGGUGCCGGAGAGCCGCUUGACCCCCACAUCCGCUACCUGCUGCCUCCUGAGAGCGUGUCCAGAGACUGCUCAGUGUUCACUCCCGAUUCCCAGAGCAAAAGCAAACGCUCACACGACACCCCUCAGUCUCUGGCCUCGCUUUCUUCCCGCUCCUCGCUCUCCUCCCUCUCACCUCCCAGCUCCCCCAUGGACACACCUUACCACUCCGCCCCCCAGGACUGCCCCCUCACCCAGAUGACAGAGGAGUACAUGGAGCUGGCGGGUCGUGGGCUCCUGGAGGGGCUGCGGGCUCAGUCACAAACCCUGACCCAUACCUCCAUGCUGAGCAGCGAGGACACGGUGAGCCCCGCUGCCGUCCAUCAACCGGAGAACAAGGUGCACAGAGAAGGUGGUGCUCAAACAGCCUUCACCUCCACAGGAGUGACCCUGAGGGGAAACAGUGCCAACAGGAGUGGCAGGAGAACCCGGAGAGUCUCCACGGGUGUUUCUGACGACGCUUUGGCCACGGACAGCGGCGUGUUUGAGGCGUGGGGCAAGAGGACCGAAGAGUUCGAUGAGCUGUCCUUCACUAAAGAGUCCUCCAGCAGUGAGUCCACCCAGAUCCAGCUGGGGCUGCUGUGGGAGUCCACGUCUCCGUCUCUGCGGCUGCAUCUGCUGCAGCUGAAGAAUCUGAACGUCUCAAACGUGAGAGAAGGUUAUAAAGUGUAUGUGAAGGUGCACCUGAUUCCGCUGGACGCCAGCAGGGCCUGUGCGUUCUAUUGCUGCACCGCGCUGGAGCCGCAGUCCCACAUGAGCUUCAACGGCUUCCGUGUUCUGGUCUCCACCAACUCCCUGGCGUCAUGCGGUCUGCAGAUGUCCGUCUGCUCCGUGGGACCUCAGGCUCAGGAAGAACUACUGGGGACAGCCCAGCUGAGCCUCGCAGACUGCGAUGGAAACACGGAGAUGGUUUACCACUGGCUGCGGGUCCAGAUGCUGAGUGGGGCAGAUUCGCAGAGGCCUGAACAGAAAAGUCUCAGUAACCGGUUCCGACUCAUGAGGAUGACGAGCAAAGACUCAGAACCACG